GUUGGGCCAGUGUGGCUCCAGGUCAGCGGAGCCAUGUUCCUUCUUCUAGGCCUUCUCACCGUCCUCAGGGGACUGCACGGAGGCCCCAAUCUUCAUAAAAAGUUUCUGCAGACCACAAUUCCUGAAAAGAUUUCCACGUCUGAGGCAAUCAAAGAUCCAGAAAAUAAUGUGGCUUAUAUCAUUACAAUAGGAGGAAAUCCAUAUUUUGUCCAUCUUACAAAGCAGUCGUUUUUAUCUUCAGCGUCUGUUGUUUACUUUUAUGACAAAAAUGACAUCCAACAUCAUCAGCCUUUGUCAGCUCAGAUGGAUUGCAGUUAUCAUGGAUAUGUUGCAGGUUUUCCAAAUUCUCUUGUAUCACUCAACAUUUGUUCAGGACUCAGGGGAACACUGCAGUUUCAAAACAUCUCAUAUGCGGUUGAACCAGUUGAGUCUGUAUCAGGAUUCAUGCACAUGAUUUAUGAAGAAAAAAGUGAUAUAAAUCCUAUCCCUCUGUUACUGAAAAAUGACACUUACAGCUAUGAGAGCUCACAGUAUAAAGUCAGAAAAAGUUCAGAAAGACUUGGCCAUGCCAAAUUAUCCUCCCGAUACAUUGAUAUGUAUAUUGUUGUGGAUAAAAAUCUGUUUGAUUACAUGGGCUCUGAUAUAAACACUGUAACACAGAAGAUUAUUCAGAUCAUUGGCCUUGUUAACACCAUGUUUAUCCAGUUAAAACUUACUGUUAGAAUAUCUUCCAUAGAGAUUUGGUCAGAUAAAAAUAAAAUUUCUAUUGAAGGACCUCCUUAUAAUGUUUUAUAUAAAUUUUUAGACUGGAAGUAUAAAUUUGCCUCCCGACCUCAUCAUACUGCAUACUUAUUUGCCUUCAAGGAAAAUCCUACUUUUAUAGGAGUCACAGUUCCUGGAGAAAUAUGUAGUAAGAUUGCUGCUGGAGGAGUUGCUCUGUAUUUAGCGGGUUUAUCGUUGGAGUCAUAUGCUGUCAGUAUCGUGCAGCUGCUUGGCCUUAAUGUGGGAAUGAGUUAUGAUAAUACUGAGAUCUGCCGUUGUUCAGGGGAUGUUUGCACAAUGUCUCCAGAAGCUUUACAAUCUGGGGGUGUAAAGGAUUUUAGCACCUGUAGCUUGGAUGACUUUAAAUAUUUUGCUGCAUAUUCUGGCAUUGAGUGUCUUUAUAAAAUCCUUCCUGAUGAGCCAGUUUACAAACAGGGGAAGAUGUGUGGCAAUGGGAUAUUGGAAACAGGUGAACAAUGUGAUUGUGGCACUGCAAAGGACUGUACUCAUCCAGGCUGCUGUGAUGCUAGAACAUGUUUGAAGAAAAAAGAUAAAGUAUGUGGUUCAGGGGCAUGCUGUACAAUGGAUUGCAAGAUAAAACCAGUUAAUACACUUUGUAGGAAAGCAGCUGAUGAGUGUGACUUUGAAGAAUUUUGUAAUGGGAAUCAAUCAGUCUGUGUGCCUGACACUUACGCACGCGAUGGAGAACUUUGUGAGUCGGGUGACGCCUACUGUUAUAAAGGACGGUGUAGAUCAGUUAACAGACAGUGUAGCAGAGUACUUGGAGCAGGGUCUAGAGGUGCUCCAUAUGCUUGUUAUGAUGAAAUAAAUGCAAGAGCAGAUAGAUAUGGAAACUGUGGCAGGGGAAUUUGUGAGUUUAGUCAAUCGAUGUGUGGAAAAUUAGUUUGUGCCUGGCCGUAUAAAACUUUGGUAUCACGAACAAAUUUAUCUGUGAUCUAUACUCAUGUAAGAGAUGAAAUAUGUGCAUCAGGAUUUCUGAAUGCUGAGAAGUUACCUAGAGAUACAUUUACCACAGUUCAAGCACCUGAAGACAGAGAUGAAACAUUUGUAGAAGAUGGCAGUAUGUGUGGUCCUGAAAUGUAUUGUGUGAACUUUUCCUGUGUAGAGCUUAAAUACCGCAUGGAUAAAACCGCAUGUGAUAAUGGUAUACAUUGUGCGUCAAAAGGAAUAUGCAACAAUUUUAACCGUUGCCAUUGUUUGCCAGGGUUUGCACCUCCUAACUGCAAGCCACUUCCAGGAGAAUUUGGAAGUGUCAAUGAUGGACACACGCACAAAACUGGUAAAAGUUUUUUGAAGGAAAGAUCUCUUGGUCAUCCAAAACGCAGACUUCAACUAGUUUUCUACAUUUCUAUACCUGUGUUCAUCAUUGCUGCCGCUCUUAUAAUAAAGCAGGAUAAAAUAAGAGAGCUGUGCUACAAAGGAGAACUUGAAAGUGAAAGAUCUGCAUCGGAAGAAAGCAGCACGGACAGCAGGUCCCUCCCCAGCGUCAGCAACAGUCACUGACGGUCUUGCCCUAUAGAGAGGAUAGUACCAAAUAAAUCACCAGAAACUGGCCUAAACCAAGAAGAAAAAACAAACAAACAUAUUUCUCUGUCCCCUCUAUUGUCACUGCUGACGGUUUAAAUUAUGAAAUA